AUGGCGCCCUUGGCCAGCAAACACCCGCUAGACGACGGCGACGAAGAGCCUAGUAGUCCCAUACAACAGGACCCAAGCGACGACAAUAUCUGGCAGGCCGGCGUCACAGACGACCUUGAGUUUGCAACGCCGCGGCCGUCUGCGCUCCAACGAAAGCUAGCCCAGGCUGCGCGGCGUGAUGACCUUUCCAGCCAGACCAGCAGCUCAGCCAGCCGGGGGUCGCCAUCGACCUCUGGCAGGUCAUCUCCGAGCAAGAGAAUCAGAAAAGCACGCACUGAAGAGACGGGAUUCACUCGGGCCAACUUCUCGCUGCACAGGGACAUGAUGCCGCCGGCCCUUCAAACCAUGUGCGAUGAUGUUGUGCACAUUGGAAAUGGAAGACAUAUUUUGCCUGGUGAUGCCAGGGACGAGCUAUCCUCCCUCGGUAUACCCCCCGAUGCGUUCGCCGUCGCCUCAGGCGCUAGAUUUCAACUAACCCGGUAUCCCUCACGCGGCUUCGUGGCUCGAACUCAUCGUCGCGCUGUGCGAUGCGAUUUCGACCAAGAGGGGGAAUCCUCCUGGAACCAAGAGGUUCACGGUCCGUUGCUUUCGUGGGUUUGCCGCCCAGACGAUGAGGAAGGCUUCAUUGACUUUAGAUACUGUACAUCUGCUGGAGUAGUCAAGCCGUGGAAGCCAGCCAACACCCCCUCUUCGAUGGUGGACUACUGCAUGGUCAUCCGUCCCGACCCCACAAGCGCCGAGGCGAGGGCCAUUGCUACGUUAAAGGCCGGCCGUCCCGGUGACUCUAUAAACCACACCGACUGGGGCAAUUUGAUGCAAGACCCCAUUGUCGUGUCCAUCGAGACUAAGGCUCAAGGUGGAGAUGCCGUCAGGGGGACAUGGCAGAUGGCGACUUGGCAGGCGUGUCAGUGGCGAAGCCUCCGGGACCUUGACCCGGCCCCAUGGCGCGACGCGGUCGGCUUUCUUCCGGGCAUAUUUGUCCAAGGGCAUGAAUGGUUCUUUGUGGCGUCCAUCCCCGGGACCUCGCCCCUCCAAUCAGUAUAUUUCGACAAGAUCCCAAUUGGAACCACGAGCAACCCAUAUGGCAUAUGCAAAAUCUUGGCAGCCUUGCAUUAUCUUCGAUCAUGGGCAGAAGAACUUUACUGGCCAAUGUAUCGUCAGCGUCUCCUGGCAACGACGCAUGACUUGCCGUAG